CUAUAAGAACUCUCAAAGAAUGGGCGUCAGCAUGUUCAUAGAAUUUUCAGCUGGGCAUUUCGACGAACAGACAGCUUGCCUCAGUGCCGACUGCCGAGUGAUAUGGGUUUCGCAGACUUACCCGUAACAACGAGAUUCAAUCAAUGGCGAGGAUUCGAUCCUCUUCCGCGAAGGCUCCCUGUGUUUACCUGAGGAAACAUCGGAAGUGGCCGCAUUCUCCUUACAAGACCCAAUGGCACCAAACUUUCAAUCAGGUGCUGGCAAUGAAGUCUCUGAAAGAAGCGGCGGCGGGGGCAACGUCGCAGCGCCGGCGGGAAGAAGAUCCCAGCAAAACGGGUCUUCUUUCUCCUCUGGUGAACUCCUUUAGCAUCUACAACUGCCACCCAACUCCUCAAGCAUAUCACUUCGUAUUUAAAACGCUGGCAAAAACCUCCCAGCUUCACGAUAUCCCUCGAGUUCUCGACCACCUGGAAACCGUCGAGCAAUUCGAAACUCCAGAGUUCAUCCUCGCCGAUCUAAUCAAAAUUUACUGCAACGCGCGCGAGAUGGAGAAAGCUGUGGAUCUCUUCUCCAGAAUACCCAAGUUCAGAAUCAAGAGAGUUGCCCACGCAAUCGAGGUAUUCCACCGCAUGAUCGAUGAUGGGUUCAUUGUGGAGGCAGAGAUUUGCUCUUUUUUGCUCUCAUCCCUUUGCGAGCAAACAGAUAUUUCCAGCGCCGAUGUAAUUGGGUUUUUCGGACAACUAAGGAAAUUAGGGUUUGUACCUGGAUUGAUCGAUUACGCCAACUUGAUGAGAUUUUUGGUGAAAGGAGGAUACGGUAAUGAUGCGGUAGAUGUUCUGGAUCAGAUGAAAUCAGAUGGAAUCAAGCCGGAUAUAGUCUGCUACAACUUGGUUCUGAAAGGGUCCGUGGACAGCCGAGAUUUUGCAUUAGCAGAUAAGGUGUUCGACGAAUUGCUCCUGUACGGUUUGGUCCCCGACAUUCGGACAUACAACGUUUACAUAGAUGGGUUGUGCAAGCAAGGAAAGAUGGAAGUUGGGCGCAAGAUGGUUGCAUCGAUGCAGGAGUUGGGAUGCAAGCCUGAUGUGGCCACUUUCAAUACUUUGCUGGCUGCACUGAGCAAGAUUGGAAACAUGGAAGGCGCAAGGGAGCUUACAAGGGAGAUGGGUAGGAACGGAAUUGGGAAAGAUAUGCAGACAUAUGAGAUGCUGAUCAAGCUGUUCACCAGCCGUGGCGAAGUUCUGGAAGCAUGUGGUUUGGUGGAGGAACUGUUGCAUAAACGGUUAGAUGGGUUUAAUGAUGGUGUGGCUGGGAAUUUGAUUUGUAGGUUGUGCAGAAGUGGAUUGACCGAUAAAGCAGUGGAGUUAAUCGUUCAUAUGGCGGAGAGGAAUGUCUGUCCUGGUUUUGGAGCUUGGGAAGCAGUCCUCUUUAGCUGGGGAUCCAAACUGGAUUUUCCCGAAACUGCAUUCAUGGGUUUGGUGGACAGUGUACAGAUUGAAUGAAUAAAUGGUUGAAAGGUUUGUUGUUGCAUGAGCUGAACUCUCAAUUGGGCACUGGGCAGUGUAACUCUUUGUAUCUGUAUCACGGAUCCUUAUGCCAUGAUUACAGUUCACAAACCCUAAAUGUAUUAAUUAAUCCCCCCAUUAUAUCUGGUCAGGUGUAGCUCUCUUUCGGAGCAAGAGGUCAAAAUUUUGGUAGAUAGGGAUCGCAUCAAAACUUCUUUUGAUUAAUGGACCAGACCUAGUUAUUUUCAAGAAUAAUGGCUAAAGGACCUGAUACUACUACCUAGAUUCGGAACUUACAUGCUGAUGCUCACGAUUUCGAUGGCCAUACCGGCUUUGGGUUAUCACUGUAUAUCCCCAUGGUUCUCAUUCUCUAUUAUCUAUAGGGAAGUAUAAAGGUGCGCUGGAUAUAUAGUUAUAUACACUAGUCUGUAGGUCCUGUGAGCACUUGAGAUUUGUCAUUUGUGGACAGCUUGAUUAGGGUAGGGUUUUGUGCAUCUGCGUUUUGCCAUUGUGUUGGAGACCAAAAGUUACUGUAGGUUUGGAAAGGAAAAGAAAGCGAGAAUGCUUUCAUUAUUGAAUUGCUAGCCUGUCAAGUUUCAACUCAAAUGGAGGCUACCUACCACACAGAAUCAAUCACUUGACGUGACACCACUUGCGAACAACAACCAUUACUCUUCGUGAUGAUUACAUAUAGACAUAACAGCUAAAAUCACUCUCCACUGCUCCUGAUCAGUCCUCAUCAAAGCAACCUACAAGCAGUAUUUGUGUAGUUCACAUUUGGAUUUGAUUUUCUUACAAGCAAAACCGUUCUUGGUGUCGGUAGUUUGGUCCACUCACAGCUUAGAUCGAAAGCACAGCAAAUAUGUACAGCUGAAUAUACUGUGGAAUGAAUACUGUGAACUAACAUGUUAUCGGUUGAAAAUUCUUGUCUAAAUCCUCUAAAUGAGGUGAUUCUCGUUACACUAUAUUGCUCUAGAGAAUCUUUUAUGGACAGUUACAGAAUUAUACUAUCUAGAAAUCUACAAUUACAUACAAUUGCAAAGAACUUGUCGCAUAGGUUCGUCCAAGAGUUAAUGGAAUAAUGAGGAUGAUCGUUAAGUAAUUGUUUUGCCGCUCUAUUAAGAGCAAGCAAAAAGAGUAUCAACUGGAUCGCCUCUGGGGGUAUUCCAUUGAUCUUUAUUCAGUCACUAAGCUCAUGGAACGACUUCACAUAGGUGUGGGCAUCUUCAUUCUUCUUUCCAUGAAAUUGUAUAGAAUUUUGGAUAAUGGAAAUCACAUAAGUGUUGAUUUAUAAAUUGUUGUUUGAGUCAGAUAGUCCUCUCAAUCUCGGUAUCAAGCGGUACAAGAUUAUCUAUACUUUUCCUUCGCAUAAAAGAAGGCUACACACAAAAACUUGCAACCCCGUGACAAAUACAAUGGUAUAACACAAAAUAAAUUACUACUACCCGUUAUAAACAAAAUCUAAAAAAGGCAGAUAAGUUGAGACUUAAUUAACAAUCUAACUUAAUUCCAGCUAGUUAUUAGUGAUUUUCUCGACCAAGGCGCCAAAAAAUUGAUUUUCCUUAC